GAGGCCGGCGGGCGGCUGAGUGCCCGUGUCCCGCAGCGGUGCUGGCGGAGGUGAUCAAGGCGUUCGGGGCGCCCGAGAACGCGCAGCGCAUGGAGGAGGCUCGGGACAACGCCUGCAAUGACAUGGGCAAGAUGCUGCAGUUCCUGCUGCCCGUGGCCACCCAGAUCCAGCAGGACGUGAUCAAGGCCUACGGGUUCAGCAGCGACGGCGAAGGCGUCCUCAAGUUCGCCCGGCUGAUCAAGUCCUACGAGUCGCAGGACCCGGAGAUCGCCAGCAUGUCGGGCAAGCUCAAGGCCAUGUUCCUGCCGCCCAUGACGCUGCCGCCGCACGGGGCCGGCACCGGCGGUGUUGCUGCCUCCUGAGCCCCUGGAGUUCUCCCGGUGCUCCGGCUGGUGCCCUGCUCCCAAGGUGCAGGUCCUGUCAGCCCUGGGAAUGGGGCACUUGAACCCGGGAAACGCGGACCUGGAAGGAAUGGGAUGCUUCGUGCCCGUCUGUGUGUCUGCUCGUGAAUAAAACGUGUGUUGAAAGUG